AUGCAUCGUGAAAUAGCGCUGCAGGACGAUGGGCCUGUGAUACCCCUCAACGUGGCUCACGAAAUGGGUCCAGUCCCUCAACUUAGCCUCAUCCCAGUUCGCCACAUUCCCUUUGGUCCCAUGAGUCGCAAAGAUCCUCCACGAAGCAAGUACACCGUCGGAUGGAUUUGUGCGCUUGCUAUCGAGCUCGCCGCCGCCGAGGCGAUGCUCGAUAAGCGUUACGAUGAUCCUGGACCGGAACAUGGGCGAGACACCGACAAUGACACGAACAUCUACACCCUGGGGGCAAUCGGCGACCACAGGGUGGUUAUCGCCUGUUUGCCCGGUGGUCAGAUGGGAACAACGCAGGCCGCUACUGUUGCCGUGCAAAUGAAGUCGCGGUUCAACCACCUUCGCUUUGGCCUGAUGGUGGGCAUUGGAGGAGGUGUACCCAGCGACAAAGCGGAUAUUCGACUAGGAGACGUGGUCAUCAGUCAGCCUGACGGCGGUCAUGGAGGAGUCGUUCAGUAUGACUUUGGGAAGACAACUCCUGACGGAGCUAAAUUGUCGGGAUUCUUGAAUACGCCGCCUCCUAUCCUAUUGAGCGCUUUGCCUAAGUUGCGUGCUAGGCACAUUCGAAAUAAGGACGCUAUUACGAAACAUCUCUCCAGGUACCAGGAAAUGCCUUUGUUUGCUCGCGACCGCGCGGGAUUAGAUGAACUGUUCAAGUCCACUUAUAGUCAUGUCGGAGGAGAGACGUGCGCCUCAUGUCGCAAGGAUAAACAAAUACAUCGUACUCUUCGCAGUGUUGAAGAGGGGGUCAUGCUUCAUUACGGAACUAUCGCCUCGGGGAAUCAAGUGAUGCGUGAUGCUGUCGUUCGCGAUCAGAUAAGUUCGCAGAUCGGUGGCGUUCUUUGUUUCGAAAUGGAAGCGGCAGGGUUGAUGAAUAGCUUCCCAUGCCUUGUCAUUCGAGGCAUCUGCGACUAUGCGGAUUCACAUAAGAACAAGAGAUGGCAGCCUUACGCGGCAGCGACCGCCGCUGCUUGCGCAACUGAGGUUCUGUCUAUCGUUCCGGUUAAAGAUCUGGCGAAAAUGAUGACAAUUGACGAAGCUGAAGUACUUCGAUCAGCCGUCGAAAGAGUUCCCUUUGACACUUUCCUCUCUUCAUUGUCAUCACUCGACCAGGAUGAGCACAGGUCCAACAUUCCAGAGCUGGACCCGUAUGACCCUCAACACUUUUGGGUUUUCAAAAACAUCGAUUUCCGGGAAUGGUACGGAUCAAGCGCACCAGGUAUUCUGCUUUUGUAUGGACCACCUGAGUGUUGUCUCGAUCAAAUUUCAGCAUAUGUAAUCGACGAGGUGAAAAGGGUUUCCAGCUGGACAAGAAUCUUUUACUUUUCGUUCUCCUCUACGCGGUCGGGCAACUCUUUGGUCUCUAUCUUCGUGCAUACCAUUCUUCGCCAACUUAUUCAAUUCACCUCAUCGAAGCAUCAGGCGUCUACUGUCAAAUCCUUUCUUCAUUUUUUACGUGAGAAACUUUUGAUGGAAGGAAGCAAAAUCCAUGUUGACCCUGAAGCCUCCCCGAAAAGAAUCGUGCAGCAGAUUCUGAAAACAUCGGCCUCAGAAGAACUUUGGUCUUCGUUGCUUAACCUUUUCCAUGCCUUUGAUCAAGACUUUCUACUGGUAAUUGGUGAUAUGGAUAAGGCUAGACCUGGCGGAGAAAGGUUCAUCAUUGACAUGGCAAGUUUCGUUCAAGGCCUUAUCGGGCGAGGCACUGGCGUCAAGGUUCUCGUCACAUCUCGCUCACAAAACGACGUCCAGCGAGCGUUCAGUAGCUCGGUAUCAAUUGAAUUCGACAAAGAGAGAAAAGAGUGUCUCGCCAGCUUGCAGUUUGACAAUACGCGCUAUGAGAAGAUCUCGUCAGAACAAACUGGUUCUUUCGAGUGGAUUUGGUCCCAUCCUCGGUACUCUGAUUGGUCUCAGUCGAAUAAAUCCCGGCUUCUGUACCUUCAAGGUAAACCCGGAAGCGGUAAAAGUACCUUGACGAAGUACUUCUAUAAAAGCCUUCGGGAUCGCGAUAAGAGAGUGAACACGUCGGUCGUGGCAAAGUUCUUCUAUAGUUACCGAGAAGGUGAAGUGCAGAAAAGCCAUUAUAACAUGCUACGGACAGUUCUUCACGAUAUCUUGCAACAAGACGAGACCUUCUUCUAUCACGAAUUUCAAGCGGAAUACCGACGUCAAGUCGAAUUAGAGCAGAACCAGGGAUCGGAGGCAAUUGAAUGGGAUUAUGAUUCACUGAAGAACGUGUUACUCUCACUGCGAGAUCAUACACAAUCUCGCAUGUUCUACUUGAUCAUUGAUGCAGUAGACGAAUCGCAAGAUAACGACAGGCGGGAAACUCUGGAGCUCUUAUUUAAGUUGAGCACAGAAAUGAAAUAUUCAGUGGUGAAAAUAUUUGUCGCGAGUCGACCGGUGGCAGUGAUGGAACGUCGCAUAGACAAAUUCCAUUGUUUCAUUCGAAUCCAGGACGAGACGACAUCCGACGUUGAGAUAUUUGCAGACUCGUUCGUUCGCCGACUUGAUAUUCAUCCGGACACGGCAAACGAGCUAACGCAGUACAUUACGAGGAAUGCCGAAGGUGUGUUCUUGUGGGUUAAGCUUGUCGGAGAAGAGCUGCUAGCCUACGAUGAACAAGGUCUUGCGAAAGAAGACAUCAUGCAAUUCUUACAAGGGUUGCCAACAAUGUUAGAGGUAUUCUACGAACGAAUGCUGGAUAAGAUGGGAAAGGUACGAACAGAUCUGCGUGACGCGGUGAAGAUUCUCCAUUUCGUCCUGUUCGCCCAGCGCAUUCUGAGUACUAAGGAGCUCUUACACGCUCUUGCGAUUCCGGACCAACCUGGUAUCGACUACGCCGUCUCUGAUGAGGAGUUUAGAGGUCGGAUACCCUCAGGAAGGCGAAUUACGCAUUGUGGAGGCCAGUUCGUCGAAAUCAAACAACACUCAGGCGCCGAUGGGACAGUUCAGGUCAUUCACCAGACCGUUCGUGAAUUCUUUUUACACCCUGAGUCGUCUGUCAACAACACCAAGUUCAAAAUUGACGAGCGGAAAGCUCACGCUUCGAUAUCAAUCACCUGCUUGCGAUAUUUAAGACACUGUAUUGCAAGCUAUCUUCACAAUUGUCGACAAAUCGAUGAAAACUCGUCAACUGAAUUAGAACUCUUUUCUCGUUAUCUCAAUGACAUGCCGCUGGCUAAAUACGCCCUGCAACACCUGAAACAUCAUCUCAAGCACUGUGAAAGCGACUCGCACGUCCAAAGAAUCACAACAGACUUCUUUGCCGAUAUUCGUCGUUCCAAAAUAUCUGGAUUCCUCGAAAAAUGGACCCGUUUCCAACUGGACAAACCGAGCAGAGACAGUAAAAGCUUGACUCAGCUUCGAAAUAGGUUCCUUUACCCCUCUAUAUCAAGCGGUCUAAGUCUAGCCACAGAGUUACUAUUGAUUCUUGGAGCCGAUGCGAAUACAGAGGACAGUUCCGGUACUCGACCCAUACUCAUAGCAUCGGCCCUGGGGCAUCAGGAUGUUGUAAAGGCUCUUGUAAUCUCCGGAACGGUCGAUCUGAACAUCGUGGGAAGCAACGGUCGUACUGCGCUUUUAAUUGCUGCGGAGGAAGGUCACGAAGGGGUGAUGAAAGCUCUGGCUUCUGACGAAACCAUCGACUUUAACAGGCAGGAUAAGAAUGGCCGGACCGCAUUGUCUUGGGUGGCGGGUGAAGGAAGAGAAAACAUGAUGAAGGCAAUUUUGGGACGAGGAAAGAUUGACGUGGACCUGAGUGAUCUUCACGGCAGGACACCCUUAUCUUGGGCUGCAGGCAAUGGGCACAGUGUCAUUAUCAAGCUACUAACAGACACUGGCAAGGCUAAUAUCGACUCCGUUGACGAUACCGGCCGAACGCCGCUAUCGUGGGCAGCCGGUAAAGGGCACGAACUCACAGUCAAGGAGUUGCUCCUCAAUCUACCACCCAACAACAAAACAAAAGAUAAGGUUGGAAGAACGCCAUUAUCAUGGGCAGCUGGGAACGGCCAUGAGGACACAGUUCGGGCGCUGAUGCAGUUCGGCAACUUCGAUCCCAACGAAACUGACGCGACCGAGCGAACUCCAUUGUCGUGGGCCGCUGGCAAUGGCCAUCUGAUGGCAAUGGAAGAGCUAUUGAAAGCUUCUCAAAUAUCUCCGGGCAUCAAAGACGAAAAGGGAAACACGCCUUUAUCGUGGGCGGCUAAGAACGGAUACGAUCAUGUAGUCAAAGCCCUAAUUGCACGAAAGGACGUCAACGUCAACAGCAAAGAUUUCAACGGUCGCACUUCCUUGUCUCUGGCUGCCGAGAACGGUUGCACUUCAGUUGUCAAAGCAUUGUCGACUGCAGAGGAUGUCAGGAUGGAGGCGACCGACAAAGAAGGCCGCACUGCGUUAUCCUGGGCCGCGGGAUGCGGGCAUCAUGUCGUCGUCAACCAAUUGCUACAGACAGGCAAGGUAGACGUGGACCGCAGGGACCAAAGAGGUCGCUCUCCUCUUGUAUGGGCGUCAAUCAAGGGACACGAUGCAGUAGUGCAAGAGUUGCUCUUAUCAGGCAUGGCCAGUGCAUCUGUCGAAGACGGAUGGGGCCGCUCGGCUCUGUUCUGGGCUGCAAAUCGAGGCCACCAUGCAGUGGUCGAGCUUAUAAUGUCAUUGAAUAUCGUAGAUGAUGAAACGAAGAAAGAAUGGAGGCGUCGAGUGUUACGCAACCCCAGGUGGUCAAGGCACUGGAGGUCGUUGUCAUCGGAGUGA